GCGUGAACCAGUGCGAGGACGACCGCCGCCGUGUCGCGUUACGUACCGUAGUGUUCUUCAGCGCGCGUGCGUUUGUCAGUGCGCCCGUUUGCCCGUCGGCCGGGCCCGGGUUUUGUGGCCGCGCGGGUCCGGUGAGAAAGCCCGCCAAACGCGGUACCCGUCUCGCGGGCGACCGGACGCCGUGCGAUCGACCAUCCGCCAUGGAAGUCAAGAAACGGUACAUAUGGUCCGACCGGGAGACCGAACACUUCAUCAGGCUCAUCAUCGACAUGGGCAUGACCAACAUGUUGGACAGCAAGAGGAAAAGAAAUUCAGAUCUUUAUUCCAGUCUAGUUGAACCAAUGGCAGCUGCAGGUUUUAAUAGAGAUGCGACGCAACUGAGGACUAAAUGGAAACACUUGAAACAAGAUUACAAAUUAGAAUUGGUGAGAAUUGAUAAAAACGGUGCUGCGAGUUCAAGGAUGUCGUAUUUUCAUCUGCUCCAUGAAGUUUUGAGCUGCAAACCAAGCAAUGCUAUGACUUACCUUUGUGAAGUUGUUUCAAAUUCUCCUCCGCGGCUCGAAAUUGGAGAAGGUAUUAAGACUGAAUACUUAGAUGAUAUGAAAAUGGAUACAGACUUCUACAGAGUGACCGAACCGCAAGUCGACAUCAUUCAGUCGUGUGACGCACAAACACAGACGGACGGCACAACGGAACAGCACGUAUUGCAAAAGUUGCACGCGUUGGAAAACAGCAUCAACGUCCUAAGAGAAGACUGGCGGAGAGAUCGGGAGAUGCAAAACGUGCUGAUGGAAAAACACACGAGAAGGAUGUUGGAACACCAAAAAACGUUGAUGGAUCAUUUUUUUGCAAAAACCAAAUCGCAUUUAUUGAAAACCAAAAAUAAAGACUGAAGUCCGUAUUUUGAUGCGUCGCAGAACUCUGCAACUGCGUCGAUGUUCGAAACGCGAUUCUUUGUACCUCAAAGAACAUAUUAUUAUUAUUAUUAUUAUUUUAUCAUACUCAUAUUAUUAUUACAAUAAUUGAUAUUAUAAUACACACCCAUGUCUGUAAUACCCGAUUAUAUAUAAAUAUAUAUGUAUUCACGCAAAUGUUUAGCAUGUGUAAAUACGUUUGUACCAAAUUUAAAACUAUAUUAUAUCGUAAUAAUAACUUUAAGACAGGACACGUUGCUUGAUAUGUAUAUAAUAAGUAAUAACAAUUAUCACUAAAAUGAA